CAAGAUUAUAUAUAAUAAGUAAAAUAAUGGACAUUAGAGUUCCACAUUAACUUGAAUGGAAAGAAACAUAAGUAUCUAUAUAUUUUAUAUAUAGUUUGCAAUGAACUCACACAAAUAAUUAAUCUAAGUCAAAGAACCAUUCAUAAUCAAAAAAUAUGGUUUGGGAUUUAUUGAUUAAGAUUAAAAAUAUGAAGGAAAAAUAACUAUAGAUAAUAAAAAAGAUCAUGAUUUCUAAAAUGAACUAAAAAAAAUGACUGAUCUUAAUUCUUCUAAAAAUCAAUUAAAAAUUUAAAGUUAAAAGGAUAGGAAAGAUACAAGUAUUACAUAAAUAAGUGAAUCUAAUAUUUAGUCACUUAUAUUACCCAGAGAAAUCAAAUAAAAUAAAUUGUAAAUAUAGAACUUUGGAGAUAAAAAACUUUAUUUAAUUAUUAAAGGAGAAGGAUUCUCAGAAUUUAGAAUACGCUCAAUUUAAAUUAAAUUAAGUUGUAUAUCUUGUAAAGAGUUCCUUCCAGCAAAUCAUAAUAAAUUUAAUUCUGAUAUCUUAUAAUUUUAAACUGAUUGUAAAAAAUGUUCAUAAUAAAUGUCUAUUGAUUUUUAUAAAAAUAUUCAAUAAAAUCCUGAAAAUCCAAGUAUAUGGUAAAUAGGCUCUAUUAAAACUUAUAAAAAUGUUGAAUUUUAAGUGAAUUUCAUAGAAGUAUUAACAAUAUGUAAAUGUUUAUCUUAAAGUUCUCGAAUACCAUAUUUAUUAAUUUCAUUUGAAAAGAAAACUUCCUAAAAUUAACGUUUAAAAUGCUUACUAACAGAUUAAAUUAGAUAACUUUGUCAUGGAUGCGUUUAAGAAUUAAAGUUCCAGCCUGAAUGGCUAAUAAUUAAGUAAUGA